GGCGUCGUUUAGGGACUCGGAUUUUGAAGAACACUGGUUUACAAACAGGAUGAAAAUCUGCUGAGAAUCGAAUCUCGAAAGUACAGCCUGAAUAGUCGGUGAAGCAGAGAAGACAGAAAUGGUGAGAGUAGCCACCUACUUUGGAAUGUCAUUAGGCGCCUUCGUUUUCUGGCAAUCUAUGGAAAAAGUCCACGUUUGGAUCGCUCUCCACCAAGACGAGAAGAAAGAGAGACUGAAUAGUGAAGCGGAGAUCAGGAUAAUGAGGGAGGAGCUGCUUCAUCAAGCCAAGCAGAAUGAGCGUCUCGCGUAAAUUCUGCGUUGUUGUCGUUGCUGUUUCUUUCUUCUUCUUUUUUCCCAACUAUUUUAAGCCCGAUUUGUUUUAAUUAGACUCAAGUGGAACUGUGGUUGAAAACCAUAAUAUUGCCUUUGAUGAUGAGCUGGAUAACCCCAUGACAUGCCAUGGACGAAUUGUUGUUUCUUUCUGCUUCAUAAAUGCCAUCACUACCUGUUUGAAAUUGAUGAA